CCCCCAAGAGCUGUGGGACUGGAGUGGCCUGCGUCUUGUUCUAUUGGGGUCCAGUGCUUCCACCUGCUUCAUUACACGGCAUAGAUCCAGAUGGGUGAUCAGGAGGAGGUGACUUACUCAUCUGUGAGAAUUCUCCAGUCUGCUUCAGAAUCUCAGAAGAGAUUAAGGCCUGAUGGCACCAGAAGGCCUGGGAAAUCUGCCAAGAAAGAGUUUGCAGUGCCCCGGCAUCGCAUUGCAGUGAGUCUUGGAAUCCUGUCUUUGCUUCUCUUGAUGACGAUCAUAAUGAUGGGGACAAUGAUUUUCCAGUUAAUUCAAGAAAAACAUCAGCAGCAAGAAAUUUUAGUAAAUCUCAGUCAGAGUGAGUACUUGAAGGAGCAACUUCUGGCAAACAAGACUUCAGAAUGUGAAGUUCUCAGAAAUGAAACCCUUCUACAGCAAAAGACACUGGAGUCAUUCCUUUCAAAAAAGACUAGAUGUUGUACAAAUUCAGGUAACAGCUAUCAUGGCUACUGGUCCUGUGAUGGAGUCAAUUGCUACUAUUUUACAGAGGAAAAGAAAAACUGGCAGGAAUGUAAACAAACUUGCCAGAGGUACAGCUCCUCGCUUUUGAAGAUAGACAAUGAGCAGGAACAGACAUUCAUUACAUCGCACACUGAUGGUAAUAAUUACUGGAUUGGACUGUCGUAUGUUGACAAGGAGAAAAAAUGGAAAUGGGUUGAUGAUGAUUUCUCACCUGGAAUGAAUUUUUCACUAAUGAAAUCAGCUUCUAGGAUAGGAAAAUGUGCAUUUUUAUCCCGAACAAGAGUAGACGCGAUUGAAUGUUCUACUAAAAAUCACAGUUGCAUCUGUGAAAAGAGCAUUGAUUGUAUUUCCCACACUUCAAGGUGUACUUAGAAGUUCGAUGUGGAAACAGAAUGAGCUGGAAGAGGAAGAAAACCUUUGUUUGUACAGUGACUUGAGGGUUCAGACACCAUCUUCUUACUGUGGACGGCUUGCAAAACAUAACUUUGGAAAGGAAUUGCCCAUUUCUUCAUGGCCCCAAGGAAUUAUCCUCUUUUGGUUUCUCUGAGCCAUCCAUUAAACCAAUUGGACAAUGCUGGUAUACAGCCUGGAUCUUUUCCACUUCAAUGGGUUAAACAUAUUGGCAUCUUCUGACCUUGACAACAUAAAUAAGAAUUAGAAUGUGGUUACUUUUUUACUAUUACAAGUAUUCUUCAUCUUUAACAAUUAUUUUGUUAUGGAAGUUAAAUUUAAAUUUAUUGAACACUGAAAAGAUGAGUACAGGGAAUUCCCGCACAACUCUUACCCAUGGUUGUCAAUUGUUUUUAUUUUGCCCUACCUGCUCUAUUCAUUCUCUUUCCCGCGUCUGUCCUUGGCGAAUCAACUUAUAAUAAAUUGAAGACAUCAUAUUCCCUUGUCUAGAUAUUUUCCAAGAAAAUAUUUUUCCUGUGUAACCAACAUAUAAUAAUCAAAAUCAGAAAAUUUAUCAUUGAUACAGCAUUAUGAUCUAAUACAUAAACCAUAUUCAAAUGUUGUCCAUUUACCUGAUACAUGCCAUUUA